UCCUAGAAUGAUCUUUGAUCUAGCCAGAAUAUAAAGGGAAACUGCAGGAAAGGCAAAGGUUUUUCUCUGAGAUGGGACACACGAGUGUUGCUGUAUGAGGACAGCGAGACAAGAAGGCUUUUGACUGCACAGGCCCAGGAAGGACAACACAGCUUGCUAAUAUUUGUCACUUGCCAACAUGUUGGAAGAAGACGAUGAGACGUGUUGGAAUAACCUGGAGAACUUCCGUGUGAAGCUGAUCUCUGUGAUAGAACCUUCCCGUAUAACACCAUAUCUUCGCCAGUGCCAAGUGAUUAGCCAUGAUGAUGAAGAACAAAUUCUUAAUGACCCCAGCCUGGUCAUGCGCAAACGGAAAGCAGGUGUUCUUCUGGACAUUCUUCAGCGGACAGGACACAAAGGCUUUGAGGCAUUUCUUGAGAGUCUUGAGCUUUAUUAUCCACAACUGUAUAAGAAAAUAACUGGCAAGGACCCCAGCAGGGUAUUCUCUAUGAUUAUAGACACUGCUGGGGAAUCCGGCCUAAGCCAGCUCCUGAUGAACGAGAUCACAAAGCUGCAGAGCGCCAUGCAGGAGGAGCGGCGAAAGGCCCAGGAGCUCGCCAUGUGGCUGCGCACCAAAGAGGACACGAUCAGAGAGAUGUGGGUGAGGGACAGCCUGCUGCAGAAGCACCAGGAGCGGGCACAGAAGAUGAAGGAGGAGAGAGACAGCCUGAGCAAAGAGCUGCGGAAGUGCAAAGAUGAGAACUACAACCUGGCAAUGAGCUACGCCAAGCAAAGCGAGGAGAAGAGUGCUGCCCUCAUGAAAAACCGGGACCUGCUCCUAGAGAUUGAUCACUUGAAGCACAGCCUCAUGAAGGCUGAGGAUGACUGCAAACUGGAGAGGAAGCACACAAUGAAACUGAAGCAUGCUAUAGAGCAGCGCCCAAGCCACGAGGUGAUGUGGGAGAUCCAGCAGGAGAAGGAGUUGCUUUUGGCCAAGAAUCAGGAGCUGGAGAACACUCUCCAGCAGGUUGCCAGGGAACAGAAUUUGGAGAACAGCCUCUCCAAGGAGGUUCUGGAGAAUGACUGCAGCCAGAUGCUAGAAAAACACCAGGAGCUGAUGAACACCAUUUACAGCCUUCGUAAGGAGCUGCGGCGAGCCGAGGUGCUCCAAGACAAACACGCGGAGGAAAAAGAGAUGCUUGAGCUACAGUGCAUGUCUCUGAGGAAGGACUCUCAGAUGUACAAGAAGCGGAUUGAAGCUGUCUUGCAACAGAUGGAGGAAGUGGCUUCAGAAAGAGACCAGGCACUCCUGACCCGAGAGCAGUUCUAUACGCAGUACUCCAAGAAUCUGGUUGAGAGGGAUGCUUACCGGAAGCAGAUUCGGGAGCUGGGGGAGCGAUGUGAUGAAAUGCAACUGCAGUUGUUCCAAAAGGAGAGUCAGUUACUGGCUACUGAAGCCAAGCUGAAAAGGUUGCAAAUGGAGCUACCGACACCGACUUCUGACCUGGAUGACACCUCCCCCAGAAAUUCCCAGGAACUUAUUCUUCAUGGUCAUCUAGAUGAAGAUACACAGCCGACUAAUAAACAAGAUUACCCGGAAGGACAAAACCAGCAGUUUAGCACUCAAGAGAGCAGUCGGCCUGCAGAGUCAUCCCGAUUCAAAGAGUGUGGCUCAGCCAGCGAGGACUUGGCAGAAAAGGAACGGAGGAGGAUGAAGGACUGCUUUGAGCGUUACCAAAGGUCUGGCCUUUAUCUUGUUUUCAGAAAAAGGGCAAUGCGAAGGGUACCGAAGAACAGACCCCAUGAAGCAGACUGGGAAAACACCACCGGCAGCGACAACACGGACACUGAAGGCUCCUAAGAGCAGGACCGGACCGGAAAGGGGAACAGCGGGGCGUGCUGGGGGCUGCAACGCACCUAUCCCUAUUUCUGUCCCUUCACAGGGGCUGCUUAGAUUUUAAAACCAUCUACCCAAGCAUCAUCAUUUAAAAAAAAAAAAAA